CAGAGUAGUGGGAGAAAGGGAGAGAAGGACACCGUAUCGUCAGCGAGAGUAGUACCAAUCGCGAGCCGAGUCGACGGAUAUAAUCGUGGCCGUUCGAGGGAAGCGCAUUCGAGGGUCGUCGUCGUCGCGCGUUCGAAGAAAGGAACGGAACGGAACGUGGACUGGACAAGAAGAAGGUUGAUAGAUGGAUGGAUAGAAUAGGAAGAAGAAAAUAAAGGACGUUAAAUCUACGUUAUAUAUCAUCGUGAUUACGAGGAUACGAGGAAUGAGAUCGUUAAAAGGGUCAAGCCUCGUUCUUGUGCUUCAAAUUCGUCCUUUUUCUUUUAAAUCGUUAAAUUAGAGAGAAUGCGCGCACAUUUCCAUCCACGUUUAAUUAUAACAUUUUAUAAUUAAUUGUCCUGAUUGCGAAGAGGCAAAAGAAGAAAACGAAGGAGAAUAACGAUAAGGAAAAAUCGAAAAGUUUGGAAUGAUAAAGGCAAGAAGAAGAGCCGUUGACCUCCCAUUUCCUUUACGAUAGGGGAAAAGCGCAUAAUCGAAGCCGGAGAAGAGCGCGAGAAUCGCGAAAAGAAGGAAAUCGAGCGAACGAACGAACGAGGGAGCGAGCGAGCGAGCGAACGAGUCGAGUUGAGUCGAGUUGAGUCGAGUUGAGUCGAGACGAGUCGAGUCGAGUCGAGUAGAUACGAGUCGAGUCGAGUCGAGUCGCGAGCCGUGUGGUGGCAGCCCAGUGACCCGUUUUCCCUUCACCCUCAAUCGAUGUACUCCUGUAUUACCGUUUAAAAGGGAACGAAAACAAAACACGAGCUUCGACGACGACCCUUUGGUCCUUCCUCGAGGAUAUCGGGAACACGGCAACACGCUACCCGUGACCCCCUUUUCAUUCCAAAUCGAUGUAGUCCUCGUUGAUCGAAAGAGACAGAGAGAGAGAGAGAGAGAGAGAGAGAGAGAGAGAGAGAGAGAGAGAGAGAGGGAGAGAGAGUCACAGGGGCAGACAGAUUAAGAGAGAUAGACAGAUAAAGAGAUAGAUAGAUAGAUAGAUAGAUAGAUAGAUAGAUAGAUAGAUAAGUAGAUAGAUAGAUACAGAGAGAAAGAGAGAGAAAGAGAGAAGGAAAAAGGGUUGAAAGUUCUAGCAGGAGAGAACGUCUAUUUCUUUUUCGAUCUUAAGAGCAACGUCCCUCGACGUCGUUCCAUGCUAGAUCCGAACGUUGGACCAGGUACGACGGAGAGGGAAGAGAGAAUGCGAGAACCUCCUAAAAGUCUGUGAAACAUGAUUUGUCAUACGGAUGUCGCGGGUGGUAAUCGUAAGACGAGCAACACCGACGACGAAGACGAGGACGACGACGAGGAGGACGAGAACGAGAACGACGAGAACAAGGACGACAAAGGUAGUGGCAGCGGCGGCGGCGACGACGACGACGACGACGACGACGACGACGAAGAAGACAAGGAGGAGAACGAAAACAAGAAGGAGGACAAAAAGGAAGACGAGGGAACGAAUCUUAGGUGGAUUAUUAAGUUUGACGCGUUAGUGGGAAUUAUUUUCAGCGAAGAGGGUAGAAUAAAAAGGAAAGGAAGAAGAAGAAGAGGAGAGAGAGAAGAAGGAAGAGGAGGAGAAGAAGAAGAAGAAGAAGAAGAAGAAGAAGAAGAAGAAGAAGAGGAAGAAGAAGAAAAAGAAAGCGAGGGCGCAACGUCGCGGGCGUGUUCGCGGGCGUUCGGUGAUAAGGUGGUGCGUUCACCAGGUGUCGGAUGACUCGGCGACGAGGGCUUAGAUAUCCCGUAGUCGUAGAAAAGGCGCGUUACCCCGCGAUAAUAAUAAAUAUAAUAACAAGAGAAGUUUAUAUAUCGUUCGCAUAUUCAAGAGGAGAACGUACGCGCGAGUCCGUCGCGCUCUCUCGUCGGCGACGUCGCCGGUGUUGGCGCUGCAUAGCCGGCAUCCUAGCCAGGUCGCUGGUCAGCUUUCUGCCCAUCAACGCGUUAGACCCCGACCUCCGACCCGUGAUAAAACGCGUCCGAUAUCUUUAGACCGUGAUGGAGGACUUACCCGAUAUAUCGCACCUCACUCCGGAGGAGAGGCGCAUCAUCGAGGAGGUCAUGAUACGACAGAAGAAGGAAGAGGAAAAAGCAAAUGAGAUUAUGAGACGAAAACAGGAUGAGGUUCAAGUCCUUGAGGAAACGAUACGAGCCCGUUCGGAGAAACACAAGAAGGCUGGGGUGGAGCUUAACGCCACGUGUCAAGUAUGCAUGAAAACCAAGUUUGCCGACGGCAUUGGUCACAACUGCAACUAUUGCCACAUCCGGUGCUGUGCACGUUGCGGUGGAAAGGUCACUCUACGUUCGCGUAGGGAAAUAUGGGUGUGCAUCCUCUGUCGGAAGAAGCAAGAGGUCCUUACGAUGACGAAGGCAGGCCUCGGUGCUGCGGACAACGCGAUGCUGCCACGAAUGCAGGAGGACAUGCAGGUGGGUGGUCCUCCGGGACUCGUGGACCAAACUCAGGAUAAGAGGCCGAAACUCGAGAGGGCGCACAGCGCAGCCGAGAAGGAGAACCUGCCUUUGCUGCAAAGAAGCGGAAGUCUGCUCAAAAGGCAGUAUUCCCAGCAAGAGCAGGUUCCAGGACGUCGGGUGUCCACAAGUGAUAGCGGAGUAGAGAUGUCUGUUUCACCUCAUUCGAGAAGUCUACCGACACCCCAUGUAGUCGUUGGUUCGUAUCCCGUUCAACAAACUCCAAGACAUCCUGCAGCUUACCCCGAGGACGAUCCUAGUCUGUACAGGGGUGAAAUCGACGGUCUCAUGAGACAACAUCCACAAAAUUAUCCGAGGCAACGACCGAUCUAUCAGGAUCAGAACUCUGACAUUGCAAUGGCGUAUGGUCAAUCAGGGACAGAGACCGGUCCUUCGCGUGGACCGGUACAUCCCUCGCAACAACACACUGUGGUACAUCAAGCGCAAGGUACGCAUCCCUCUCAAUCAACUGCCUCAGGUCAGAGUACACUUCAGCAACAAAGAAGUUAUAGUAGCAGCGAGGAAGAACGAAGUACGCCAGAAUGUGGUAGCGACGAGCCUGACGAGUCCGAGAAGGGAAAGGCUUACAAGAAGAAUGCGGAUGAUCCAACGAUGGCUGCGAGCGAGGAUUCACGUCGAAAGAAUGUUAUCCACAAUGGGCAACAUCCCAUCGCAAGUAUUGUCGGCAUCAAAUUUGACGGUGAUCAUUCAUCGCGAGAACCACGAAAAGUGGGGAACACAAUCGUCAAACGGAGUUGCCGGAGGAAUGGCAUUGAAUGUCGUGCCAAUAAUAGGAGGUUCACAGAGAGGAGGGAAAAAAAGACGGUACGAUUUGACGGAGGGACCAAUAUUGGCAGUUCUCAGGAGGAUUGGUCAUGGGAGGCCAAUCGGUUGGUUAGUCAAGACAGCGCAACCAAAGAUUCCGUUAUAGAGGAGACAUCAAGCACAUUCACGAGCAGCGAGGAUAGCAAUAGGAACGAAUUGUCCAAGCAUCCUUUCUCCUGGCAAGUCAGCAGAGAUGGUCAGAAGUUAAUCGGACACAUGGUCUUAAGAAAAUCCUUGGGUUCUGGGAGUAGUACAAGUAUACUCGGUCUCAAGGUCGUCGGUGGUAUACUCUUAGAGGAUGGUUCUAUGGGAGCCCUUAUCGAAAAAGUCAAGAAGGGUAGUACAGCUGACAUAGAAGGCCAAUUGAGACCAGGCGACGAGGUACUCAAAUGGAACGGUAGAUCUCUUCAGGAUAAAAGCUUCAGGGAUGUAUACGAGAUUAUCGCGGAAUCGAGGCAGGAAUCCAAAGUUGAAUUGAUAGUUUCGCGAAAUUUAUCGGCCGCAUUAGCACCGAGUACUACGACAAUGACGACAACGACGACGAUGGUAGCACAACAACAGCAACAUCAACAACAACAGCAACAACAACAACAACAACAAGGACCACCGGGUUCGUCGAUGUCCGUACCGUCCAGGCGAAUUGCUGUACAACCACAAUGGAGACAAAAGCAAGAAUCCAUUUCCGGUUCUCAACAACCCCAUCACAAAGAUUAUAUGAUUUUUCGCAUUCCAGGUCUUAAGAAAUGCAUCCUAUGGGAAUUGUACGACGCGAGACGCGAGAAACCGUCGGUUUUAGUGACGUCACCUGGCUCACCGGAUCUACACGGUCAAGGACGUAUAAGGCAUGCCCGUAGAGCAGCACCAACAGGAAAUGCAAAUGUCGGUGGUAGUCUUCAAGUGAAGCUUUCCUUCGAUCCCAUUGCACUUCAAUUAAUCGUCACCGUCGUUUAUGCAUCUAAUCUUACACCACGUCUCGAUGGACAACUGAGGAAUCCAUACGCCAAGAUCUUUCUACUUCCCGAUAGGAGCGAGAAGUCGAAGAGACGGACUAAAACGUUGGCUAACACGAACGAUCCAAGAUGGAAUCAGACUUUCAUUUACAACGGGAUAAGAAGAUCGGAGCUUAGAAAGAGAGCAUUGGAGAUUACAGUUUGGGAUUAUGCGAGGUACGACGCGAACGAUUUUCUUGGUGAAGUCGUCAUAGAAUUGGCGGUUGCUCCAUUGGACGAUGAACCCGAAUGGCAUCCAUUGACGGUACACAAGGAACAUCGGCAUUAUCAGGAGGCAGACGAUAUGGUGAUAACACCGGUGGAUUGCCAUCUUAGCCCGCCGUCGACAACAUCGAGAUUAAGCGAUUCCGACACUUCGGAGUGCGACAUCACGGAUUGCGACGUCUCCAGGGAACAGAGACGAACGGCUGACGGUGCCAGCAUAAGUAGUAUCGGCAGUUCCUCCAGGUUUCAUAAUAUGCCGUCAAAUUAUAAGCGCCACUAUUCUAGCCCCCCGCCGGAAAGAGAGCUGUACGUCGAUGGUGAACAUCGGAGUCGAAGGGAUAUGUCGCCUCAAGGUAGUAAAAGAGCUGCCCUUAUGGCCUCCCGCGAUCAACCAGCCUCGAUUUCCAGUUAUCAGACUUAUCGGAAGGACGAUAUUCAUCGUGGAAUGAUGGGUCACAGAUCCCACAGCGCAGCGCCAAUGGACUCACCUAACGUACGUUACCGUGGGAGAUCCCAAAGUCCCACCGGUCAUCGUUCUUUAUCUCCGCCCGAACACAGAUCCAUGCCUUAUUCGCACAGUUACAUGCCGAGAUUCGGUUCUAGAUCGGCAACAGCGACGCCUACCGGUUCGCCAAAGAAGCGUCAGCUUCCACAAAUCCCAGCAGCCCUUAAAGAGAGAGUAGCUCAAGAUCUCGAAGAAAGAGCAAGGUUUAUGAGGCAUCGUACUAGACAAGGACACAUUACAUAUAGGAGUACAGGAAUGGGAGGCUGGGAAAGACACUACAGCGGUCUUUCAGACUCGGAUCUACCAUCGAUCGGUCAUGAUCCAUUAUCCUUACCGCACAGUAAUGCUCACAGACUGCACAGACCACGAAGGGGGCAUUUAAGUCCGGACAAAGAUGUCCUUGGUGACCUUGGGGACUCCGACAUGGAGAGCAUAGCCUCCAUAACGAGCAGUGCCUUCAGUACGCAAUCGGAACGACCACGUGGAUCGAGGGGAUUAAUGCUACGGGACACCGGCCUGUUGUCGCGCCGAGCCAAGAGUUUCGAGUACGAGACCAUUUCAAGCAACAUAUUCAGCGACGACAGUCUCAGAACGGCGAGGAGGAAGUUGAAGAGAAAUCUUUCUCUGAGCGACGCCGGUUACGGCGACAAGAUACCGGCGUUGGGGGAUCAGAGCAAGUCCUACUACGAUUCUAAUGGCGACGAUAAGCCGCCAAAGAGUUUGCUGAACAAGGAGCCCAAUUACGAUUACCUCACGAGUCAAGAUCACAAGCCAUUUUACGGUUACGAUUCGGAGCUCAGCGCGGGCGAAACAGAGAUUUACGUGCCGAGCUUCGAUAAACGGACGACGAGCAUAAUCGAGGACUAUCAUCACCAUCGACCUUACCCACCCCUAGAUCCGCGCCGUCUUACCACCGCCACGACGCUCACCGACGACCUUAGAUCCACCUUCGGCCGCGAGGACACUACCAAGAGGAAAUACGUCGAGUCCUCUUCUUAUCAGGAUCACGAUGCCACCACCUUCAACGCGCACAUAUCCGCCGAGAAGAGAACGAAGAAUCUCGACGACCAGGAUCUAUGUGAUCCUUUGAAUGAUCACGUUUAUUGCAGCAUCGACGAGACAGUAUCAUCCUCGGACAAUUGUUACAAUGCAACCAGAAGCGACGACGAGUACGAUAGGGCGAGACGACUCGCCAUGAUUUCUUCUCUUCCGCCACGUAGACGAACCAAAAGUACCGACUCGUAUCUCGAGGACGAUUACGAACGUUACGAAAAUUGGGACGUCGAUUACGACGACGAGGACGAGGGUUUCAUCGAUCGUCGAAAUCACGAGGACUACGACGACGAGGACGAGGACCUCGACGAGGACGUCGAACGUUACGGUUACGAGAACGGAGACGAUAUGACCGGGACUGCGACUACGACGAUUACGACAAUGACGGGGACUACGACGACGAUGACGACGACUAACUUGCGUGAUAACGAUCGCUCGAUUUAUAAUCGUCGUCAUCAGGACGAUUAUUAUCGGGACGAACAUCAACGACGUACAGCCGCUUCGAGGAACGCACACUUUGACGAUGGUACUCUAAUCGCCGACGAUUAUUACAACGGGUAUCGUAGUGCCGACGACUACGAUUAUCACCGUACGAUAACGCACACCCCAAGUGGCCUCGAGAACGAUAAGAGUUACAACGUCAAUACAUUUCCACGAAGGCGUAGGAGAAGAAGCAGACGUGGUAGCAGAGGCGAUAACAAUAAUAUCGUCUCGUACGAGAACGUAAGAGCAUUGAACGUACAGGACGUCCCAUUAUUGAGGAAGGACAGCCUAGCCGUACCAAGUUUUUUCGAGAGCAAGAGGAUGAUGAUCCAACGUGCAGAGUCUACGCCGGUGCUGCAUUCCGACGAGGAUCCAACGACGUGUCCCGCGGCGAUAGAUGCCAGAAACAGACGUUUAUAUCGUAGGAGACGUAACAGCAGUUGUCCCGAGACGAAAGAAUAUAUUCGUAUCAGCGAGAGCCUUAGGCGUGGAAGUUGUAAGGACGAGGAGAGAAGGUCGAACUUUAUGCUGGACUCCGAGGAGGAGUUUGGCUCGAUGGAGACGGUCGUCGGUGCCGAUUACUUUAGACGGAAAAACGAGUUGGACCCUCGUGACGAUGAUGGUGGUGGUGGUGGUGGUGGUGGUGGUGCUGGUGGUGGUGGUGGUGGUGGUGGUGGGGCUGGUAGUAGUAGUGGUGGUGGUGGUGGUGCUGUUGGUGGUGGUGGUAGUAGAGGUGGUGGUGUAGUCCUUGUAGGGGAGGACCGAUUAGGAUCAGGUAGAUCAGAUUACUACGACGAUGAGCCGCCGGUAGACUCCUCGAGGUACGAUCUCCUGCCGGAUUACGAGUGUCGCGAAUGUAACGAGGCUGCCGCCGCUCGUGAAUUCGUUAGGUCAGGGUCGCUACGUUCCUCGAACACGCACGAGUCGCGUUAUCAAAAUUGGUCGUCCUCGACGCGCGGUAGUAUUAGACGAAAGAGUAGCUGUCCGGAGUGCCGUGAGCUGGCGCUGUCCUCUUCCGGUGCCGAUUUAGCCGGCGUUGGUAGGUCGCGUAGGAGCGAUGAGAGGAGGUCGUUAGUCGAGGCGAGGCAGAGGUAUCGUAGGCGAAACAGCAGCUGCCCCGAGGCUAGGGAACUCGAGCUUAUAGAGAAGAGGCAGCAACAGCCGCAGCAGGACGGCAGGCACCAGACGCGUCAGCCUUCGGCGAUGCAGUCGCAGACCCAACACCGCCAGCAGCAACAGCAACAACAGCCGAGUAGUAAGAGGAACGUGGCGAUAAGCGACACCCUCGAGUACUACGAGUACUCGAUGGAGAGCGAGAGCCAGUGCAGCGAGAACUGCGGAUUUGGCCCGUGCGAUCCGCGUAGGCCCCGUAACCGAGCACCCCGCCCCGGUAACGCUAAUUCAAGUCUCUUUGAUUCCCAAACCGCUACCUCCGACACUGCUAAAAACUACCACCCACGGGCCGACGAUCAUCAACACGAAAACCCACGUACGAUCGCGAAACCGACAUCGACGCAACAACACCAACUACAACAACAUCAAUAUCAACAUCAAUAUCAACAACAACAACAACAACAACAUCAACAACAACAACAUCAACAACAACAACAACAUCAACAACAACAACAACGCCAACAACUACAACAACAACAACAACAACAUCAUCAUCAACAACAACCAUAUCAACAACCACAUCAUCGACAUCAUCAACAUCGCCAAACGAACCACGAACCACGAUCGUCGUCGUCGUCGUCGCCGCCGCUGCCGCCGCCGCCGCCGCCACUCCCGCACCCGCACCCGCCGCCGUCGUUGUCGUCGUCGUCGUCGUGUCAAUACUGCGCCUUCCCUCCCCCUUCUAUUCAUAAUAAAAACGUCGCCGCUAAUAAUUAUUAUCCCAAUCGUCGCGACCACGACGGUGAAUUCCCAACGUCCCAUCGGCGUAUUACCCAUCGAAAAAUAUCUUAUAACGACGCCGGCGGCGACGCCGACGGUACCGUCGACGGUCACUCGACGACGACCGUCAUCAUCAACGAUGGUGACGUUCUCGACGGUGAUGUUGAUCAUCGACGACGACGUUACGACGACGACGACCCGCGGGAUCGUCGCUCCUCCUCCAUGCCCGAAAACAGCGAGUACUCCGGCCAGUCGAGUUCCUACGAGAAACCAACGAGGCAUCAGACGACCGACAAUGGCCACGAUGAACAACAUACUGGAAAACGGGGCCAAUUUACUAGGAGUCUCAGUAACACGGACGCACCACCGGACGAGAAAGUCGAUGGUAGCUUGAGCGACACCGCUGUCAGUUUGCACGUGGAUGAUGCCUCGAGGAGGGGUCGCAAGAGUUCACCGGGUAGUAAAAGCGGAAGCGGAAGUAGCAGCGGCGGCGGAAGCGCCGUACAGUAUCAGGCCGGUCUUGGAAAGAAGAGUAACAGCACGAGUCAGCUAUCCGCGACAGGUGGUACAUGCGUGGGCGAGGAAGGACGGAAACGACGGCUUGGAUUUGGGAAGAAGGGGAAGUCGUCCUUUACAGUUCACAGGAGCGAGGAAGUCCUACCGGAGGACACGGCCAGCGGUAGGAGCGGAAGGCAAGCGAGCUCCGCGAGCAGCGAUGGCGAGGGAAGCGGCGACGGGGACAGGUCCGUCCAUCGUCCCAUUAAACCCUGGUCGCCCAGUCUGCGAAUGGCAGGUGAGACCGGGCAGCUGAGAGACUUCAUCGAGGAUCUUGGUCCUGCACAAGUAGUUGGAAGACAAGCAUUAGGUGCCGGUUAUCUCGGUGCCAUACAGCUAUCACUUAGCCAGACGAAAGGUUAUCUCGAAGUAGAGAUCAUCCGUGCCAAAGAUCUUAAAACAAAAUUUGGAAGCAAAGGAAUUCCAGCUCCUUACGUGAAGGUUUAUCUUGUCAAUGGGAAGAAAUGUAUAGAAAAGGCGAAGACCUCGACGGCACGAAAAACGUUAGAUCCAUUUUAUCAAGAAUCGUUGGCAUUUAGAGAAAAUUUUCGGGGCUGUAUAUUGCAAGUUACGGUUUGGGGUGAUUAUGGCCGUUUCGAAGGGAAAAAAGUGUUCAUGGGCGUCGCACAGAUCGUAUUGGACGAUCUGAACCUGAAUCAGAUGGUGUUCGGAUGGUACAAACUGUUUGACGCCACAUUGCUGGUCAGUGGGCCUUCAACCCUUGCUUUAUCACGUCGCUCCUCAGCCACGUCCUUAGAAUCCUGUAAGAUCUAAGAAUGAUGUUUGUCGAUUAGAAGAUCGAAUAUUAGUUACGCUUAUACAUACAUGGUCGAAACUUAUAAAACAAAACAUUUAUUACGCACGCUUUUUAAUGAACACACGAAAUACGGGGAAAUCAGAAAGAAAGUGGAAUAGAAAAGAAAAGAAAAGAAAAGAAAAAAAGAAAAAGAAAAUAGAUGAAAAGGAAUAAGGGAGAGAAGACGAACAUAAUAGAACGUAUGGGGGAUUAAAUGAAGUUUAUAAAGAAAAAUAAAUCUCUGUAAUAAUCACUUAAUUAAUAGAUUUAUAUACGCGGUGAAUCGCUUUAGCUUUCGUCUAAUUGUAAUUUCACGUGAAUUAAAUACUUAAAUCUACGAAGAUAAGUUAACUUUCGUGAGUUAUUCAUUAUGUAUUUAUCCAACACAUAAACACACUCACACUCACACACACACUUAUAUGCUUCAUAUAGAAAAGACGAAUUUAUCAGCUCUUGAAUUAAAUCGUAUGAUCUACUCGAUCAGAAAUUACAAAAACCCUUUUUGUCAAGAAUAAAGUGUCACUUGUUAAUGAUGA